AUGGUGUUUGCCGUGGAGGAAAUUAACAAUAAUUCAAGCUUGUUGCCGGGUGUUAAACUAGGCUACAGGAUCUUGGACAGUUGCGACAAUGUUCACACCAGUCUGCAAGCUCUUUUCUCUUUAGUUGGGCACUCCAAAGAUAUGCUCAGUGACAUUGGUGCUAGAAAAGAGGGGGUAAAGACUACAGAACAAAAGAGGCAGAAAAUAAUUGUCACCACAAUGAAGAAUAGAGACACUGAAAUAAGUACAACAAAGACAGACAUGCUUGAAAACAACAGAAAUGACAGAUGGGAAAAUGUGACUGCAGAGAAAAUGUAUGAUGCAAAAUCUGAAACAUCCUCGUGUAUGGCUGAUUCUCCUGUGCCGGUUGUGAUAGGCCUGGCGUCCUCUUCUCCUACAAGAGCUGUGGCUCAAACUCUUGGCCCUUUCAAUAUACCACUGGUGAGUUAUUUUGCCACUUGUACCUGUCUCACUGACAAACACAUGUACCCGUCAUUCUUGCGCACUGUCCCAAAUGAUCUCUUUCAAGUUAGAGGUCUUGUUCAGCUCGUCACCUUCCUCAGUUGGCUCUGGGUGGGCACAGUAGGGACCCCGGAUGACUACAGUCAAUAUGGUAUCCAGGCUUUUUCUACUCAGUUUAAACAACAAGGUGGGUGUUUGGCAUUUCAUUUGACCAUCCCCAAAUCACCCACAGCUGCUGAGAUUCAAGAAUUUGCAGACACGCUGCAGAGCUCAACCACACAGUUGGCUGAUAGAAAUGUGACAGGGAUCCAGUGGGUAGCGAGUGAGGCCUGGGUGACUGCUACCCUACUGACCUCUCCACACUUCCACCCUCUCCUAGAGGGCACACUCGGGUUCUCCUUUCCUGGAGUCAGGAUCCCUGACUUGGAGGAAUUCCUGUUAAAUGUCCACCCCUCUCCCAAGCCCGGGAUGGAAUUGUUGCUUCAUCAUCUGCAGACAGUGAAUUUCACCAACCAGUUUGAGGAAAAAGUUUAUUUUGACUCCAAUGGAGAGCCGGUCCCUCUCUACGACAUCAUAAACUGGCAGAAAGACAGCACAGGUUCCACUGAGUGUACUAAAUGUCCAGAGUACUACUGGUCUGACAAAGACAAGGUCAAAUGUGUGGCUGGGGUGGAAGAUUUCCUGUCUUUUAAUGACACCAUGGGCAUCAUCCUGGUCGCACUCACACUUCUGGGUGUUGUCUCAACCACCAUCAUCACCACUGUCUUUCACCAAUUUCGUUUCACACCAAUCGUCAAGGCCAACAACUCGGAGAUAAGUUUCUUGCUUCUCGUGUCACUCAAGCUCUGCUUCUUGUGUUCUCUGGUGUUCAUUGGCCAGCCAUCUGUAUGGACAUGUAGGCUACGCCAGGCAGCAUUUGGCAUCAGCUUUGUCCUCUGUCUGUCCUGCCUCUUUGUUAAAACCAUUGUGGUUCUCUUGGCCUUCCGUGCUAAUCUACCUGGUUCCAGGGCUCUGAAACAGUUUGGUCCCUCUCAACAGAGGACGCUGAUCCUCUGCACCACAACUCCUCAGAUUGUGUUGGAGUGUAAGGAACCAUGGCCCCCAGGAUUUUAUCUCGUCCUUGGCUACAUCGGACUACUGGCCUUCCUCUGCCUCCUUUUGGCAUACCUUGGACGCAAACUGCCAGAUACCUUCAAUGAGGCAAAGCUCAUCACUUUUAGCAUGCUUAUCUUCUGGGCUGUGUGGAUCUCUUUCAUCCCAGCUUAUGUCAGCUCUCCUGGGAAGUUCACUGUUGCUGUUGAAGGAAACUGUGUCUCAACUGCUGCUCUGGACGACUGUGUUUUCUUAGGGAAAGAAGAAAAAAACAGUCUGUAUGAAGAUGGAGAUGUAGUUAUAGGGGGCUUGUUCCCUCUACACUACAGCUCUGUAUCCUCUGUUCCGACUUACAAAGCAGAACCAACACCAACUAUGUACAAAUAUUUCAGCUCUCGUGCCUUGCGCUGGAUGCAGACCAUGACAUUUGCAAUCACAGAGAUAAAUGAGCGCAGUGACCUACUCCCACAGCUCAAGCUGGGUUUCCACAUCCGUGACAGCAGUGAUGACAUACCCGUGUCUCUAAGAGCAUCCCUGCUGCUGGUGAACGGCCAGCCAGAGAGAGGUUCCACAGCUGAGAAUGUGACAGGAAACAAAAAUCUCAAACAAAACCUUGGUGCUAAUUUAGGCUGUUCCGCUGUACAAAGGACUGUGUCCUCAGUAAUCAUAGGUGAUGCUGCCUCUGGAGUGUCUAUGGCACUGUUAAGAAGCCUGGGUUCUUUCCAUAUUCCUCUGGUGAGCUAUUUCGCAUCCUGCAGCUGCCUGAGUAACCAAAGGGAGUUCCCCACAUUCAUGCGCACAAUGCCUAGCGAUGCCUUCCAGAUCAAAGCACUUGCCCGGCUGGUUAGUUAUUUUGGCUGGACUUGGGUGGGAGUCAUCGGUGUGGAGUCAGAUUACGCUCGCUUUGCCAUUGAGCUCUUUCUGCAGGAAUCGGUGCAGUACGGUGUGUGUGCUGCCUACACUCACUUUUACCCUGUAACCCUUAAUCAGCAGGCUUUAGAUGAGCUUCUGGAUGUGAUUCAGAUGGCGUCCUCAAAGGUCAUCAUUAACUUUUCUGGUGAGUCAGAACUUCAGGGUAUUCUGGCAGCAGUCCAGCGCCGGAAUAUAACCGGUCUGCAGUGGAUUGCCAGUGAGGCUUGGGCCACUGCCUCAUCUCUCUGGGAAAAGUUUGGAGAGCUCCUGAUGGGAACACUGGGAUUUGCCAUCCGUAGAGCUGAUGUGAUUCCAGGGCUGAAACAACACCUCACCAGUCUCAGAACACCAUAUAUUCAGAAAUCAGCCUUUUUAGCAGAGUUCUGGGAAGAGCUGUUUAACUGUCGGCUGAACGGGUCAGUGAACAGCCAUUCUCAUGGGGGUGACAACUACCUCAACAGAUUUCCAUGUAAAGGGACGGAGGAUUUAAGUGAAGUUUACUCUCCUUAUUCUGAUGUGACACAGCUGAGAGUGUCCUUUAAUGUCUACAAGGCGGUGUAUCUUGUGGCCCAUGCCUUGCAUGAUAUGAGUGACUGCAUAGUAGGACAGGGGCCCUUUCCCAAUGGCACCUGCACAGACCCUAAGAACUUUGAACCAUGGCAGCUCAUCCACUACAUGAAACAGGCAAAUUUUUCUGCACUGGGAGAGAAAAUCAACUUUGAUCAAAAUGGUGACCCUAUUGCUUAUUAUGAUCUUUUGAACUGGCAAACGAGACCUGAUGGCUCACUUCGAUUGGUAAAAGUAGGUUUCUAUGACGCCUCCAUGCCUGCUGGACGCAGCCUGGUCAUAAAUGACUCAGUGAUUGAGUGGCCUGUUGGAAAGCAGGCUUCCCGGUCUGUAUGCAGCGACAGCUGUCCUCCAGGUUUCCGUAUCGCGAGGAGGAAGGGGGAACCCAUCUGCUGUUUCGACUGUGUCCCUUGUGCUGAGGGCGAAAUUAGUAACAAGACUGAUUCUUUAGAGUGCUCACACUGCUCUGAUGACUCAUGGCCCAAUGGAGCCAGAGAUCUCUGCCUCCUCAAGACUAUUGAGUUCCUAUCUUACCACGAGUUGAUGGGUAUUGUGAUGUGUGUCGUAGCAGUUCUUGGAGCUUGUAUCUCUCUUUCAAUACUUGCCAUAUUCUUUACAUAUAAAGACACACCACUGGUUCGGGCGAACAACAUGGAGUUGAGCUUCCUUCUCCUGGUGUUUCUUACUGUCUGUUUUCUUGUCAGCCUGCUGUUUAUUGGCGAGCCCUCGGACUGGCUUUGCCGAAUCAGAUACCCAGCAUUUGGGAUCAGUUUUGCCCUUUGCAUUUCAUGCCUGCUUGCCAAGACAGUGGUGGUCCUCAUGGUUUUUAGGUCUACACUGCCAGGAAGUAAUGUCAUGAAGUGGUUUGGACCCAACCAGCAGAGAGCUAGUGUGCUUUUAGGCACAAUUAUCCAGGGAAUAAUCUGUUUCAUCUGGCUGCUCAAUAAUCCACCUUACGCCAACAACAACACAAAUUACCACAGUGCUACCAUUAUUAUUGAGUGUGUUGCUGGUUCAGAGUUUGGCUUCUGGUGUGUUCUUGGAUAUAUUGGCUUCCUGGCCUGCAUGUGUUUCCUAACGGCAUUUUUGGCUCGGAAGCUGCCUGAUAAUUUCAAUGAGGCUAAAUUCAUCACCUUCAGCAUGCUGAUAUUCUUCGCAGUGUGGAUUACUUUUAUCCCAGUGUAUGUGAGCACAGCAGGGAAAUACACAGUGUCCGUCCAUAUUUUUGCGAUUUUAGCCUCGGCUUUUGCUCUCCUCUUUUGUAUUUUUGUUCCGAAGUGCUACGUUAUCAUUCUGAAACCAGACAAAAACAGCAAAAGAAACAUUCUUCUCCGAUCUACUUGUCAGUAUAACCAAACUCCCCCUGCCCUGGGUUCUGACAAGUUUAGUCUCCAGGCGGCCACUCAUGCCUGGCAACAGUACCGGUAA